AUGUAUCCAGCUCUAACAAAGCGUCACCUCCUCAGGCCCUCGGCGUUUCAAAUCGGCCAGCUAGCACGGGCUUCGGUCCACGGAAAGGCCCACACGGAUAUGAAAGCCGAUGAAAAAUUCUUCAUUAAUACUACCUUCCCCGAUGAUUUUGAGAAUUCCGAUUUGAUGCCCGAAUUACUUCGGAGGGAGGCUGAAGCGAAAGCUUCCAAUGGACCUUGGGAUAAGGCUACUAUUGAGGCGCACAAACAGGAUAUUUGGGAAAGCCUUUAUCCAGCUGAUAAGCAAGGUGCCAAAGCUGCCGGGAAGCAGAAGAAGAAGCCGGAGCCGGAGCCGGAGCGGGCUCCUGAAUUGGAUGAGAUGUGA